CAUGGUGUGUCUUGAGCAAUGAGCAUUGGGGUCUGCACAGCUCUGUGAUACUCAUUUUUCAUGUUAGCUGAGCUUCAAAGGUCUUGCUAUGGGUGUAUUUAAAAAGCAGGCAGUUGGAUUAGCCCUGCAGUUAGUGUCAAUCACUGCAGCUCCAUAAAGUGCUGGAGGAAAUCAAGUGGCUCUUGAUUUGUGAUUUGCUCUUCCGCUGGGCGAUGUCACAGUCCCAGAGUGCGCAACUGUGGUGACAAUCAGCCCAAAGAUUUAGAGUGUCUUUGCUGCAUUCUUAAAAGUCCUCAAACAUUUUAUUUUUUAAGAGCCCACAAAACCUGCAGCAAACCAUUGUCUUGACCUUUGUAAACUUAUUGCCUGUUAUUCAUGUGGAGGUUUUCUUUAGUUGGUGUUCGUAUUCAUUAUAAUUUGAGUGUAAUUAGGUGGGUAUAAAACAAAGCUGAAUUUAUUUAUAUCCAAUAAGGAACAGAUCUAUUGAAAAGGCCCAGAGUUAGAUCAUGGUCCCUAUAAAAUUACAUCCCCUGAAGCACUGAAGAAACCUGUCCUUUGCAAGGCUGGCUGCAUUCACUCUGCAAUUGAAUUGCAACUUGCUGCAUGAUUUCCCGUGGUGUCCUGGCAGCUGGCAGCUCCCAGCAGCACAAACAAUGCACACUGAUUAUUAGUUGAGAGCCUUGGUUUCCUCCCACCCAAAGUGUUUUUCAGAAGAGACUGUACUGAGCAUAAAGUAAAGUAAAAUUUUCAAAUGUUCCAAAAAGUGAACCGAGGGUUAAAUUUCAUUUGUCUGUACUGCUCAGAACUUUUUAGUGGACCUUUUUUUUUUCUUAUUUUUUGGGAAGAGGUUUGUUUUCUUCCCCUAGGAAGAAAGAUGGGUUAAUUUGUGUUUAGGCUGAUUGACUACCUAAACAAUACCAAUUAUUUAUUUGCCCAAUCCUGUCUUUCUGCAAAUGCAACUCUCUCAGAUCACUAUUACAGAAGAGUAGCUUAUGCAGGCAAAAAAUGAUAGUUUUAGAGAACUCAUAUUAGUGAAAGGGCACAUUUGGUGCAGAAAGCUUCAUACUUUUGCUUUCAUAUUUCAUAUUUUCAACCAAACCUUUAAGUUGUUAAACAUGGGAAAAAUUCUAAUGAAAAAAAUCUAAAAUAAGAACUUUAUCAAUACUUAAAAUUAUCAGGCUCAGCAGCUACUGUAUGUUGCCAUCAAUUGUCAAUUGACCUUUUAUCUUUUUUUCUAGUGCUCUUGUGGCCUGGAAUUUCCCCAGCCCUCUUCUCUUCCAUCUCCAGCUGAAAUCUGUAUCUGAACAUGGCUUGUUUCAAGUGACCCAUUUUUUUUCUGAGGGGCUCUGCAGUGGCUUCUGGAUCGUCCUUGAGAAAUCUGUUCUGAUUGUAGUGGGAGUUGCACAAACAGGUCACUCAGUAAAGAAAUCAGCCAUGACAAUGGAUACCAAACCCAGCAACGUCAGUGACUCAAACCAGGAGGCAGAACCUGACCAGCUUUUGGAUGAUGAUGGAAACAAAAACCCACCAGUCAAAAAGACUUCCUCUUGCACUGGAUUGAAGGUGUUUCUGGCUGCUCUGUCCUUCAGCUACUUCAGCAAAGCCCUGUCCGGUACGAUAAUGAAAAGCUCCAUCACUCAGAUUGAGAGAAGGUUUGACCUGACCUCCUCCACCGCAGGGCUCAUCGACGGCAGCUUUGAGAUGGGCAACUUGCUGGUGAUUGCAUUUGUAAGCUAUUUUGGAGCUAAGCUGCAUAGGCCCAAAGUAAUAGCUGUGGGAUGCUUUACUAUGUCUUUGGGAUGCUUUUUAUCAGCCAUGCCUCAUUUCUUCAUGGGAUACUACAAAUAUGAGACAACAUCACACAGAGCUGCUUCAGCCAACUCAACUUCCACCUUAAAUCCCUGCUCCCUAGAUCAAGAUGUGAAUGACACUGUCCUGGAAGUCUCACGAGCAGGCUGUGAGAAGGAGCCAUCAUCAUACAUGUGGGUAUAUAUCUUACUGGGAAGCAUGUUACGUGGGAUUGGUGAGACACCAAUAACACCACUGGGCAUCUCUUACCUCGACGAUUUUACUAAAGAAGAAAACGUUCCUGUGUAUGUAGCGUUUUUGCACACCAUAGCCAUGAUGGGCCCCAUGUUUGGCUUCCUGCUGGGAUCUCUGUGUGCAAAGCUGUACGUGGAUAUUGGAUUUGUGGAUCCAGGGAGCAUCACUAUCACCCCACAGGAUUCCCGCUGGGUGGGUGCAUGGUGGCUUGGCUUUUUAAUAGGUGGAGCAGCCAAUUUCCUAUCUGCUAUUCCAUUUUGCUUCCUGCCAAAGAGUCUGAAAAAGCCAGAAGAAGCCAAGAAGGACAAAACUUCACAUGGGCUCUUGGAAAACAUGGAUGCCACAGGGAAUAAAAUUUCUCCUGAAAAAACUAAGCCAAGGAAGUGGUCAGUAAUGCUGAAAGAUUUCUAUAACUCCCUGAAAAAAGUGUUGGGUAAUCGAAUGUACUUUACAUUUUUGUGUUGCUCACUGUUACAGUUCAGUAGUUUUAUUGGUUUCGUGACUUACAAACCAAAGUAUAUGGAACAGCAGUAUGGACAAUCUACAUCCAAAUCCAACUUUCUAAUAGGAGUGACAUCCUUACCUCCUGUAGGUCUUGGAAUUUUCUUAGGAGGGCUUAUAAUGAAAAAGUAUAAAAUGGGCAUUGUUGCAGCCACAAAGUUUUCACUUACCAUGUCAUUUUUGUCCUAUGCCAUCGGCUUGUUGCACUUUUUUGUUGGCUGUGAUAACCAUGCGGUGGCAGGAAUGACAGUGUCCUAUGAAGGCAACCCCAUUCUGUACCACAACAAUUCCCUGUUUUCGGAAUGCAACUCUCACUGCAAAUGUGCCUCCAACGUGUGGGAUCCUGUGUGUGGAGCCAAUGGGAUCACCUAUUUUUCAGCAUGUCUGGCUGGGUGUGGGACUUCUGUGGGACAUGGAAAGAACACAGUCUUCCAUAACUGCAGAUGUCUUGAAAUCAACAGUUCAUGGACAGGAAACAAUUCUGCCACCUUGGGGCAAUGUCCAAAAAGUGAUGAUUGCUCGACAAAGUUCAUUUAUUACACAGUAAUACAAGUCAUAGGUGGCUUUUGCUAUGCCCUGGGAGCCACUCCUUCAUACAUGCUUGUGUUUAGAUGUGUCCAGCCAGAGCUCAAAGCUCUCGCGGUUGGUCUAUUCACACUCGUCAUGAGAACUCUGGCUGGGAUUCCAGCACCAGUUUAUUUCGGUGCAGCCAUCGACAAGACGUGCCUGAAAUGGGGAAGCACCAGCUGUGGGAAGCGAGGGGCUUGCAAGCUCUAUGACUCCAAUGCAAUCAGGUAUGUCUACCUUGGUUUAGGAGCAAUUUUAAGAGGUCCUUCCUUCUUGAUUGGAAUAUUUUUUUACACAUUGAUAAAGAAACACUUUCAAAAUAAGAACUCCAGGCCUGUAGAGAAUGGACAGGAAGAUGCUGCUAUGAAUAAAGAAGACAAUUGCAAGAUCAAAGAACGUUUGCCAGGUUCUUCUGAUGCAGAGAAUGAAUCCUCUAUUUAGAAAGAAAUUUAGACAUGUGAAUCAGGUCAGCUUCUUUUAGAAACACCAAAAUGCUGUGAGUAACUAAAUAAUAAAUAAUACCACUGUACAGAGAGCAUAACUAAUAGCAAAACUGCAAACAACAACAAUAAACACUAACAAACAAGAA